GUCGUCGGCAACCUCAACACCUCAAGAUCCUCGCUAACUGCAACUAUGGAUUGCUUUCCAUCUGUUAGGAUGACAAUGCUAAUUUUCUGUGCGUUGAUAUAGAUGGGCCUUACCGAGUACCAAGUCGUGGGUCGCCACCUGCCCACCGAGUCCGAGCCGACUCCCAAGAUUUACCGUAUGCGCAUCUUUGCGCCCAAUGAGGUCGUCGCCAAGUCGCGUUUCUGGUACUUCCUGAGAAAAUUGAAGAAGGUCAAGAAGGCCAAUGGCGAGAUCAUCGGCGUCAAUGUUAUCCACGAGAAGAAGCCUCUCAAAGUGAAGAACUUCGGUAUCUGGAUUCGCUACGACUCUCGCUCGGGAACCCACAACGUCUACAAGGAGUUCCGUGAACUCUCGCGUGCCGAUGCUGUCAAGUCUCUGUACCAGGACAUGGCUGCUCGCCACCGCGCUCGCUUCCGGUCUAUCCACAUCCUCCGUGUUGUUGAGAUCGAGAAGACCGAUGACGUUCGCCGGCCGUACAUCAAGCAGCUCCUCCAGCCCAACCUCAGAUUCCCCCUCCCUCAUCGCGUCUCCAAGGCUCGCUCCACCUUCGCCGCGCACCGUCCCGUCACUUUCUAAGUAUCCUCACCCAUUGUGCUGCGGAGUCAUCAUCGAGGUGUAUAGGGUUGAUGACAAAAUUCACGCGGGAACUUACUCCCCGCGUUAUAUGUGCGCUUUUGUAGUUGCAUGUUCGCAUGAUUAUGAUAUGAGCUCAACAUGUCCAUUCUUG